AUGGGGGACGUGGCCAACAGUUCCAUCGAGUUCCACCCCAAACCCCAGCAGCAGCGGGAGGCCCCCCAUGCAGGGGGCUUUGGGUGCACACUGGCUGAGCUGCGCUCCCUCAUGGAGCUCCGAGGGGCCGAGGCGCUGCAGAAAGUCCAGGAAACCUACGGGGAUGUGGGCGGGCUCUGCAGGAGGCUGAAGACCUCACCCACGGAGGGCCUGGCCGACAACACCAAUGACUUGGAGAAGCGCAGGCAGAUCUACGGGCAGAACUUCAUCCCUCCCAAGCAGCCCAAGACCUUCCUACAGCUGGUAUGGGAGGCCCUGCAGGAUGUGACCCUCAUCAUCCUGGAGGUGGCCGCCAUCGUGUCCCUGGGCCUCUCGUUCUAUGCGCCACCCGGAGAGGAGAGCGAAGCGUGCGGGAAUGUGUCGGCUGGGGCAGAAGACGAAGGGGAGGCCGAGGCAGGCUGGAUUGAGGGGGCCGCCAUCCUGCUGUCUGUCAUCUGCGUGGUCCUGGUCACGGCCUUCAACGACUGGAGCAAAGAGAGGCAGUUCCGGGGCCUGCAGAGCCGCAUCGAACAGGAGCAGAAGUUCGCCGUCAUCCGCGACGGGCAGCUCCUGCAGGUCCCGGUGGCUGCGCUGGUGGUAGGGGACAUCGCCCAGGUCAAGUAUGGAGACCUGCUGCCCGCCGAUGGCGUGCUCAUCCAGGGCAACGACCUCAAGAUUGACGAGAGCUCCCUGACGGGCGAGUCGGACCACGUGCGCAAGUCGGCUGACAAAGACCCCAUGCUGCUGUCAGGCACUCAUGUCAUGGAAGGUUCUGGAAGAAUGGUGGUGACAGCCGUUGGUGUGAACUCCCAGACAGGCAUCAUCUUUACCUUACUUGGGGCUGGUGGAGAGGAGGAGAAAGAGAAGAAAGGCAAGCAGCAGGAUGGGGCGAUGGAGAGUAGCCAGACCAAAGCUAAGAAGCAGGAUGGGGCGGUUGCCAUGGAGAUGCAGCCCCUGAAGAGCGCAGAAGGGGGGGAGACGGAGGAGCGGGAAAAGAAGAAAGCCAACGUGCCCAAGAAGGAGAAGUCGGUCCUUCAGGGAAAGCUCACCAAACUGGCUGUGCAGAUUGGGAAAGCAGGGCUGGUGAUGUCCGCCGUCACCGUCAUCAUCCUGGCCCUCUACUUUGUGAUUGAGACCUUCGUGGUGGAUGGCCGGGCGUGGCUGGCAGAGUGCACACCUGUCUACGUGCAGUACUUUGUCAAGUUCUUCAUCAUCGGUGUCACUGUGCUGGUUGUGGCUGUCCCAGAGGGCCUGCCUCUUGCUGUCACCAUCUCCUUAGCUUACUCUGUCAAGAAAAUGAUGAGGGACAACAACCUGGUCCGCCACCUGGAUGCCUGUGAGACCAUGGGCAAUGCCACGGCCAUCUGCUCGGACAAGACAGGCACGCUCACCACCAACCGCAUGACCGUGGUGCAGUCCUACCUCGGGGACACCCACUAUAAAGAGGUUCCGGCCCCCAGCGCCCUGACCCCCAAGAUCCUCGACCUCCUGGUCCACGCCAUCUCCAUCAACAGUGCCUACACCACCAAAAUACUACCUCCAGAGAAGGAAGGCGCCCUCCCACGCCAAGUGGGCAACAAGACGGAGUGCGCUCUGUUGGGCUUCGUCCUGGACCUGAAGCAGGACUUCCAGCCCGUGCGGGAGCAGAUUCCUGAAGAUAAGCUUUACAAAGUGUACACCUUCAACUCGGUCCGCAAGUCCAUGAGCACAGUCAUACGCAUGCCCGACAGCGGCUUCCGCCUCUUUAGCAAGGGCGCCUCGGAGAUCCUGNGCCCCAGGUGCACCAACAUCUUAAACAGCAAUGGGGAGCUGCGCAGCUUUCGCCCUCGGGACCGGGACGACAUGGUGCGGAAGAUCAUCGAGCCGAUGGCCUGCGAUGGGCUCCGCACCAUCUGCAUCGCCUACCGGGACUUCGCCGCUGCCCAGGAGCCCGACUGGGACAACGAGAACGAGGUCGUGGGCGACCUCACCUGCAUAGCCGUUGUGGGCAUCGAGGACCCCGUGCGGCCCGAGGUCCCUGAAGCUAUCCGCAAAUGCCAGCGUGCUGGCAUCACGGUCCGCAUGGUGACUGGAGACAACAUCAACACGGCCCGUGCCAUUGCGGCCAAGUGCGGCAUCAUCCAGCCCGGGGAGGACUUCCUGUGCCUGGAGGGCAAGGAGUUCAACCGGCGGAUCCGAAACGAGAAAGGCGAGAUAGAACAGGAACGUCUGGACAAGGUGUGGCCCAAGCUGAGGGUCCUUGCCCGAUCGUCUCCCACCGACAAGCACACUCUGGUUAAAGGGAUCAUCGACAGCAACACCGGCGAGCAGCGGCAGGUGGUGGCCGUGACCGGGGAUGGCACCAACGAUGGGCCAGCCCUCAAGAAGGCGGACGUGGGCUUCGCCAUGGGCAUCGCGGGGACUGACGUGGCAAAGGAAGCCUCGGACAUCAUCCUGACGGACGACAACUUUACCAGCAUCGUCAAGGCCGUCAUGUGGGGCCGCAAUGUCUACGACAGCAUCUCCAAGUUCCUGCAGUUCCAGCUGACGGUCAAUGUGGUGGCCGUGAUUGUGGCUUUCACGGGUGCCUGCAUCACUCAGGACUCUCCUCUCAAAGCCGUGCAGAUGUUGUGGGUGAACUUGAUCAUGGACACAUUCGCCUCUCUGGCCCUGGCAACAGAGCCGCCCACCGAGUCGCUGCUGCUGCGGAAGCCGUAUGGCCGGGACAAGCCCCUGAUCUCGCGGACCAUGAUGAAGAACAUUCUGGGCCACGCCGUCUACCAGCUCACCACCAUCUUCACGCUGCUGUUCGUCGGGGAGCUCCUCUUCGACAUCGACAGCGGGAGGAACGCGCCGCUGCACUCGCCGCCCUCCGAGCACUACACCAUCAUCUUCAAUGCCUUCGUCAUGAUGCAGCUCUUCAACGAGAUCAACGCGCGCAAGAUCCACGGCGAGCGCAACGUCUUCCACGGCAUCUUCGGCAACCCCACCUUCUGCACCAUCGUGCUGGGCACCUUCGCCAUCCAGAUCGUCAUCGUGCAGUUCGGCGGAAAGCCCUUCAGCUGCUCCCCGCUGUCUACGGAACAGUGGCUCUGGUGCCUGUUUGUUGGUGUUGGGGAGCUGGUCUGGGGACAGGUCAUCGCCACCAUCCCCACCAGCCAGCUCAAGUGCCUGAAGGAAGCGGGACACGGGCCCGGGAAGGACGAGAUAACUGACGAGGAGCUGGCUGAGGGCGAGGAAGAGAUCGACCAUGCCGAGCGGGAGCUCCGCAGAGGCCAGAUCCUCUGGUUCCGGGGCCUCAACCGGAUCCAGACGCAGAUCCGGGUGGUGAAAGCAUUCCGUAGCUCCCUCUACGAAGGCCUGGAGAAACCUGAAUCCAAGACCUCCAUCCAUAAUUUCAUGGCGACGCCCGAGUUUCUGAUCAAUGACUACACCCACAACAUCCCACUCAUCGAUGACACGGACGUGGACGAGAACGAGGAGCGCCUGCGGGCCCCGCCCCCGCCCUCCCCCAACCAGAACAACAACGCUAUAGACAGCGGCGUCUACCUGACUACGCGCGGCACCAAGUCAGCUACCUCGUCAGUGUUUUCUUCCCGCCCCGGGAGCCCGCUCCACAGCGUGGAGACGUCCCUCUAA